AUUUCAGAUAACAAGCUCAUCGAAGUGCAACAUCUGCAACUGCGAUCCAGCUGAUCCAACAUCAUUUCACCUUCGCCAUAAGCAAGUCUCGAAAUGGCACUAUUCCACAAGUUGCUCCGCCGCCUCUGUUCACCCAUGACGAACGACGACGUCCCGCAGCAAACGGGUGCACCAGACUCCCAGAACAAGACCGGCGAGGAGGGCGAUGCCCAGCCGAAGGAAGUGAGGGACACUACGCAUUAUCCUCCGGUGCAAGCGACCGAGGCCCCAGAGGGACAGGGCAUGCUGGGGAUGGGAAAUAUCAAAGUCCCAGUUGGUGACACAAUGCCAGUCAUUCCACGUCCACGGAUCAGCUGAGGAGGAGGGGCAUGUGGAUAUGCUGGAAGGCAUGAGGGCUGUUGUGCAAGCUGUACAUUUUUUUUGGCCAGAGCCGUUGUAAUUGCAUGUCGACAUCACGAUUAUACGCGCGAACUAGGAAUGCCAACACCUCCGAACAGAACAACACCGCCAGUGAGCGCUGGCAUUGUCAAGUAUAUUGGCUUCGGAAGAUAUUCACAGUGCCGAAUGGGUCGUUAUAUGAAGACGGUAUCCUUAGCGGCCUCGGAAUUGUGGAAUAA